AUGUCCUGGAGUGAUGUGGUCAAGUUUUGUGCAUGUCCAGAACCAGAAACAACCAAACCGCCAUCAACAGUAGCCCUUCCUAACAUCCCAGACGAAAUAAUUACCUCUCAUAUACUUCCUCGACUUCCCAUCGGGUCCUUAUUAAGAUUCAAGUGUGCGUGUAAGCUUUGGAAUUCUGUAAUAUCUGAUCCAGAAUUUUCCUUCUUGAAUCCUAGAUCCAUGGCAGUUUUUAUGUCUUUGUUCGAUGGCGACAGCAAAACCCAUCUCCUAUAUCGUUUCUUGGACAGUGAUGGCUCCAUCAAAAGGGUCCCGUGGAUGAGAACGAAGCAAGGAUACCGCUACGAAAAUUUUCAAUUGAUAGCAGGUUCAUGUGAUGGUUUGUUGCUAAUACUUUUAGGCACUGAUUUCCUCUUGUGGAACCCUUCAACAAGGAACUACUGCACAGUUCUAGAGGUAAAGUUUAUGUAUCCAGGUGUUUUUGGAUGCAGCUAUAAUUAUAUACUCUGCGGGUUUUGUUAUGACUCGGCUAUGGACGACUACAAAGUUGUUCUUGGGGUUGGAUGUGUAUAUCAUAACCACUUCGAUAGUCAGGCUGCUGCUGGUGAGCAGUAUGUGAUAGUAGCAGGAUUGAAGGAUAAACUCUGGAAGGAGAUUAGAUUUCCUUAUCGUACAUAUGAGACCAUCAAUGCGGUUUUGUUCAACGGUUUUCUGCACUGGAGAGUUGUUGAUAACGUUGAGGGUUGCUACUAUUUGAGGCUCCAUUUAUCUCAUAAGAUUGUUGCUUUCGAUCCAAAGACUGAUGAAAUUCAGGAGAUUCCAAUGCCUCGGUCAAAGAACAGGCAAGAAAUCAGCAUACUUGGUCUGGGCAUUUUAGACAGCUGCUUCUGUAUGACUUGCUGGGAUAAGGAAACUUGUCUAUCAGGGAAUUUUGAAGUGUUUGCAAUGAAAGAAUAUGGCAACGAAGAAUCUUGGGUUCCACUUUUUGACAUAUGGAAUUUGGAUACGAGCCUGAACCCUUGCCCGAGAACUUUGGCUCCAUUAUUGCGAAUGAGAAACGGUGAAGUGUUAAUGUCGAUGGAUACAGGUGUUGUUUUCAGGUAUAAUCCUAAAACCAACAAGUUUACCCAUUUUGAAGCCAAAGGAGGUGGUGUGAAUAAUCUAUUUUGGCAUGGUUGUGUGGCAAUUGUGGAGAGUUUUGCUUCGCCUAAAGGCUACGGGUGGAAUGAAGAGCAACAUCGAGACGUACUAGAGCAAAGGCGAAUUGAAGGACAUUUAGGCCCUAAAUUGGAAGAUGAAGAUUCAAGGGACUUCGAUUCAGAAGACCAUUUAUUGGAUGACAAUUUGGCAAUGGAUUUAACGCAAUUUGAGAAUUUCAUGAAUUACCACUUUGAGCAUUCAUUUUUCUUUAUUUGA